UCGACGCCUUUGCUAAACCCGGUGAGAAGAUAAAGAUGGCAUGGACUACAGUUCCAGCUUUCCAUCUCCUCCCUCCUCUCUUUGCGCUUCAUAAACCGACAGCUCCGCCGUGCUUCUUCUCCAAUCCUUCAAGUGCUCUGCAACACACACGCCUCUCGCCCACUCUCAGGCUUCCAUUUCAACCCUCCUCCUCCUCCUUCGGAAACCAGAUUUGCAGGGCCGCCGAAUACAAAUUUCCCGACCCAAUUCCUGAAUUCGCCGUCGCUGAGACCGAGAAGUUCAGGGCUCAUUUGCUUACCAAACUUUCUAAGAAAGAUAUUUACGGGGAUUCGGUUCAAGAGGUCGUCGGAGUAUGCACUGAGAUAUUCAACACCUUUAUGCAUACUGAGUAUGGCGGCCCUGGGACCUUGUUGGUUCUACCUUUCAUUGACAUGUCUGAUACAAUAAACGAACGAGGAUUACCUGGAGGACCUCAGGCUGCCCGUGCUGCAGUCAAAUGGGCUCAAGAGCAUGUUGAUAAAGACUGGAACCUGUGGACUGGUGACGAUGGCACCUAACAAAAGCCCCUCUCAAGAAUAUAUUUUGUUGAGAUGGGCAGAGUUCUAUUGUUAUACCUGAUUAUCGAGUUCAGCUGGUUGCUUUCUUCUGGAUCUUUAUCAAAGGGAUUGUUGAUAUAUGAGCUGAAUUUGUUUUUGUAUGAACUAUCAGAGAUCUCAAGAAUGACGAGGAUAGAACUUAGAUAAAGCAAACAGAAUCUUUUAGCUGUCAUGCUGGACAAAAUUUGCAUCAGUGUAUUUCUAUAUGGCUUGAGCAAUCUUAGAGAUAUAAAACAUUUGAUGUCUUUAUGAACAAUCUAAAUUGUUUUAGCUGUACGGUAA